UAAAUUAUGAGAAUGUUAUGGGAAUUUUAAAAUAUGAAGGUGCAAAAGCGAAAGCUCCAACUUCAAAACCUUAUCCAUUAAAUGCAUCAGAGGAAUGUAGAGAUGUGAAUCCAAACAUUUUAAAUCCAUAUGACAUAAAAACCACCUCAAUGUGUUACUCAUAA